AUGGCUGUCCGAGAUCUGGUCGCCGACCCUUCGCUAUUGCCUGUGCUAGCCACCUGCGCCGAAACUCGCGACAAAUGCCAACAACUUCUGGCUGCUUUGGAUCCGACCGUGGAUGCUGACCCGCGUGAAGCUGCGCUGACUGCAUCCAAGGAACAGAAGCGUCUCUUUGCUCUUCUAGCUCGCCUGCGUGGCCAGAAUCGUGAGGCUAUUCUCCGCGUGCGAGAGACCAAACAGUCCACCGCAGAGGGUCGUCAGGAAAUCGAUCGGCUGCAUCUGCAAUUGCAGAACUUGUAUUAUGAACAACGACAUCUGACAGGCGAGAUUGCCGCGUGCGAAUCUUACGACCACAAGUAUCUCUCCCUACCGUUAAUCCCCGUCGAGCAGUUCCUGGCUUUGUUCCCUGAACACCAGGACUCGGAUGCUCACGAGCUCAUGGUGGCUCGCAUCAACCAUGAACAUGCCGAGCGCGAGAAACUUGAGCAGGCCCGACAGGAACUCCUCAAGCGAAAACAGGCGCUGAUCGCCGAGAACAACAAGCGGAAGGAAGAUUUGGCCAGUUUGGACCAAGAUCUGGAGCGGUUUAUCGACGCUGCGAAACCGAUUCAGAAAAUCUUCGAAAAGGAAUACUAG